CAAUUCACAUCUCAGUCAGUAUUUAGCAGAGCUCUGAGUUGCUCCACGGAGCCUUGCCGUCUGCUGCCUGAGACUGACCAAGUCCUCCACAACAAGGAGUCCCCCGGCGCAGAACUCAACCUGGCCACAGGAUCCAAUUUUUCCUCCCGACCUGGUCAUCUUGCAGAAGUGACAACCCCCUUGGGAUUUGUCCUGAGACAAGUCACUGGGUACCCCUGCAGCCUCCUUCUAUGACUUCUCUUGGAUCUGGCUAGUCGUGGGGACGAGCUGUGAGGGGCUGCCUGGAUCGCAGUGUAGGGGGCAAUCGGCUCUCUCCGACCACCAUGGCGAAGGCUAGGAACUGAGGGCAGGGGUUCUGCAAGCUUCAACAAGGGUCCCUCAGGACGUAAUGGAAAACAAAGGCAUGUACCUGCACACCGUGAGUGACCGGGAUACUGGCUCCAUCUUCGAGGAGCCCUUUGAUGGCAGGAGCCUGUCUAAGCUAAACCUGUGUGAGGAUGGUCCAUGCCAUAAGCGACGGGCAGGUGGCUGUUGUACCCAGCUGGGUUCCCUGUCAGCUCUGAAGCAUGCUGUCCUGGGACUCUACUUGCUGGUCUUCUUGAUUCUUGUUGGCAUCUUCAUCUUGGCAGUGUCCAGGCCCCGCAGUUCCCCGGAUGACCUGAAGGCCCUAACUCGGCACGUGAACCGGCUAAAUGAGAGUUUUCGGGACUUGCAGCUGCGGCUGCUACAGGCGGACCUGAUGGAGCAAGCAUGGAAGGUUCAGGAUGCACUGCAGAACCAGACAGAUUCGCUUCUGGCACUGGCAGGGGCCGUGCAGCGACUGGAGGGCGCCCUGUGGGGGCUACAAGCUCAGGCGGCACAGACAGAGCAGGCGGUGGCCUUGCUACGUGACCACACUGGCCAGCAGAGCGACACAACGCAGCUGGAGCUGUACCAGCUGCAGGUGGAGAGCAAUCGCAGUCAGCUGCUGCUGCAACGCCACGCGGGCCUACUGGAUGGGCUGGCGCACAGGGUGGGCGGCCUGGGCGAGGAGCUGGCUGACAUGGGUGGUGCGCUGCGUGGCCUCAACCACAGCCUGUCCUACGACGUGGCCCUGCACAGCACGCGUCUGCAGGACCUGCAGGUGCUUGUGAGCAACGCCAGUGAGGACACACGUCAUAUGCGCCUGGUGCACAUGGCCAUGGAACUUCAGCUCAAGCAGGAACUGGCCUUGCUCAACACUGUCACCGAGGACCUGCGCCUCAAGGAUUGGGAGCACUCGAUCGCGCUUAAGAACAUCUCUUUGGCCAAAGGGCCACCAGGACCCAAAGGAGAUCCAGGCAAUGAAGGGAAGGAAGGCGAGCCCGGCAUCCCUGGGUUACCUGGACUUCGAGGCCUGCCUGGGGAGAGAGGUACUCCAGGAUUGCCUGGCCCCAAGGGUGAUGAUGGGAAGCUGGGGGCCACAGGACCAAUGGGCAUGCGUGGGUUCAAAGGUGACCGAGGCCCAAAAGGAGAGAAGGGAGAAAGAGGAGACAGAGCAGGAGACGGCAGUAUUGUGGAGGCCUCGAUGGUUCGCCUGGUAAACGGCUCAGGCCCCUAUGAAGGCCGUGUGGAAGUGUACCACGAGCGGCGCUGGGGCACCGUGUGUGAUGAUGGCUGGGACAGGAAGGAUGGCGAUGUGGUGUGCCGCAUGCUGGGUUUCCGCGGCGUGGAGGAGGUGUACCGCACAGCUCGCUUCGGGCAAGGCACUGGGAAGAUCUGGAUGGAUGAUGUGGCCUGCAAGGGCACGGAGGACUCCAUCUUCCGCUGCAGCUUCUCCAAAUGGGGGGUAACAAACUGUGGACACGCGGAGGAUGCUGGGGUGACAUGCAGCAUACACUGAAAGUGAGCAUGGUCCAUGGCUGGGACCCUGCCCAGGAGCCUCCUCCCAGCAUUCCUAGAGUGAGGGCAAAACUAGAGGCAACCCUGACCAUGCCUCUGCCCCCACACCCCUAAUGCAGGACCAUGGUGACUGUCAUCUUUCUCCUCCUGGACUCCAAAGUCAUCUCUGGGAUCUACUGCUUUCUACCAGUGUUCCUCCACAGGGAGUUCUGGUCAGCUGGAUCACCAAUUGUCCCAGCCCCCUGAACACCAGCACUGGGUCUCAAAAUCCAGGUUUGCUUCGGUCUGUUCCAGAAGAGUGCCCAGAUGUCAAAGCAAAAAAAAAAACAUACAUAGCAGUGGGGAUAGGCGGUAUUAUGGACCAUUUAUUCUUCAUACACUUCCCAAACCUGGAAUUUUGAUAUCUUCCUCCCAGCAAGUGACAGCACUGCAUGAUUCAUGCUCCUCUCUUUCCUCUGCCUCCACACACCAUUUGUUAGUUUGGGGAAGUGACAUAGAGAAGCCAGCUGCAAGAGCUAGAGGGAAAUGCAAAUCACACCUGCAGGAAUCCAACUGGGUUUGGAGAAGGGGUGUGAGAUUAGCAUUUAUGACUACCUUGUGUGCGCAAUAGUAUCUUGGGUGCUAAAUCCAUUAUAUCUCCUUUGCCGCAUUGUGCAAGGCACAUCAGCCCCAUGGAAGCCCUGAUCUCCAAGUAGCACACAUAAGGCCUGACUUACAAGCCAGAAGACUCAGACUGACAGACCAGGUUCCCCCUGGAACUUCAGUGUGUCCGCGCUGCCUGAGCAAGAAGAUUGAGACUGAAACAAGUGUGGCUAGAAAGUUGCCUACUCCCAAAAUUAAAGCAUGUGAGUCUGAGACGACAUGAUGGGCUUCCAGGUCAACGGUCUGGGUAGAAGGAGAGCUGGCUUGGAGGGUGCCACAGGGGCAGGCUGGGUUAACGCUGGGUCACUUGUGUCUCAGACUUGCUUGACAGUGAUGAUGCUGCACCUUCUGGGUCACUUAAGGUGUGACCCUUUGGUCAGGAAAACAAGUUCUGAUGUGUCCUACAGACAUAGGAGGAAGAGAGGAUUACCCCUAAUUCCUGGGCCCUGGAAGGGAUUAGGGGCCUCUGUGAGUUGGUGAUCCACAUUGCUCUCUUAGGGCAGGGAGAUCCAUAUGCUCUGUUCCAUCUGUGUUCUAGUACUAGGGGAGUCACAUGGCAGCAAGUGAGUACAGACUGACCUCCCCUUGAAGGCAUCAGAAACUCAGAUUUAGGCCUUGGAUGCACAAUCACCUGUCAUAUCAGGUGCACAUUGGCCUCCCCAGGGUCCCUGGCUAACAACUAAGCCAAUAUGUGAUCUUGGUCAUUGCUUGCUUACAGGAUGCUUAUUAUUCAUUAAUGCCAGAUCAGAAAUGUUUCUCCUUCUGACAAUUGCUACAUUUAUGUAACACACAUGUACUCAUUUUUUUCCAGAGCUAAUAUAUGUAUACAUAUAUAAACUUAGCACUCUUUACUACAUAGCUUAUCACAGUGCCAAGUUUGUACUAAAAUAAUCAUACACUACAGGUGGCAAGAUGCCACCUCGGAUGUGAUAAAUUCUGAACUCAAUUCUGCCAAGACUCCAGUCAUCCCACCUGUGGAGAACCACAUCACCAUCUUACUUGGUCUUUUCAUUUGGGAAAACAAAUGAAAAAGUCUUGUUUUACACCAAGUAAAACUAUCGAAAAGUGUUUUAACUUAAAACAAUCUAUUAGUUUACAUGCCUAUUUAAGAGGACAUGGAAAUGACCAUGGACCUGUGUUUCAGGGACUAAAGAAAAUUAGGCCUGGCCUAAAAUACAUCAUACUCUUUUGUAAGGAAGAAUUUCAAUAAAGUAAAACACAUGUCACUCA